UCUGCCACGCCUUCUUGAACAGUUUCCCCAAUUUUCUGACCGCCGCUUUGUUUGCAGCUCGCGCUUCCUGUCGACAUGGCGAAGAAAUCCAAGCUGAAGAAGGAGGGAUCCAGUACGACGAGGAAUCCGGCGGCCGAGCUCACCGACGACCUCAUCGUCGACAUCCUCUCCCGCCUCCCCGCAAGUCGGUCUGCCGAUGCAAGUGCGUAUCCAGGCGGUGGCGCGGCCUCAUCUCCGACCCCGACCACCGCAAGAAGCUCCCCCAAACCCUCGCCGGCUUCUUCUACCGCAGCGAGAACGAAUCACGCUGCCCCCAAGCUAGCGCGCCAUUUCGUCAAUGUCACCGGCAGAGGCCGGCCUCUCAUCUGCCCAACCAUCUCCUUCCUGCCUCGCUUCGACUUGGAGGGCAUGAGGAUGGUGGACUGCUGCGGCGGCCUCCUCCUCUUCCGCUGCUUCAUGAGCUCGGACGAAUUCUGCUACCUCGUGUGCAAUCCCUCCACCGAGGAAUGGGUUGCCUUCCCAGAUUCCGGCUACAACCCCGAGUGGCAGUUCUUCACCCAUUUGGGGUUUGAUCCUGCCGUCUCCUCGCACUUCCAUGUCUUUGAGUUUGUGAUGGGUGAUUGUGGAUUUGUGGAAGGGGUGGAGAUCUACUCUUCGGAAACCGGAUUAUGGAAUUUCAUGGAAAGUGAAUGGGACCCUGAAACCACCGUAUAUGAUCGCACAAGGACCUUUUUCAAUGGCAUGCUGCAUUUAGUUGAAGAGGGGAUUGCGAUAUUAUCAGUAGAUGUGGAAGGGGAGAUAUGGCAGAGCAUUGGCGCCCCGAGACCGGAACUAGAAAAUGUGGAAGAUAUGUUUGCUUUGGUGUCUUGUUUCAUCGGUCAAUCCCAAGGGAAAUUGUGCUACCUCAGUGCAUAUGACACUGUCCCUUGGAACCUGUCAAUAUGGGUUCUUGAGGAUUAUUCCAAGGAUGAAUGGACAUUGAAGCAUAAGCUGACUACCGAACAGCUGUCUGAGAAGAUAAACUGCAAGUGCAAAACCGACUUCGACAAGGCUUGGUACUACCACGUGGUCGCAGUUCAUUCAGAGUGCAAUUUGAUUUACUAUAUUGCUGGCGGAGAUACACUGAUGUCAUAUGACAUGGGUCAUAAACAAUCGUGUGUUAUUGAAAAUCUUGGGCCGGGUAAUAACAGUGGAUAUCUUCCCUAUGUUCCACUCUACUCAGAAAUAUUGUCACAUGGCUGCUAAGUCUGCUUCCUUUGUACUACUAGUGUUGCUUGGCAUUUUUUGCCAUGAAAUGAGUGUAAGGGUUGCAGUCAAAGCUGACUACGGUUCUGGAUCGCCUGACAAAGUUCUCAGAGGCUUCACUGAAGCAUUACGAGGAGCUCAAGCAGAAUUAUGAGAUGGCUUGUGAUGACUACAAGACGGGUCGAUCAAAUGCACAUCUUGCUUAGUCUGAUGAUGCCCGUCAAGUGCCCAUUUUCAACCAUGUUACUGUAUUCUCCGUCAUAUUAGAUUCCCUGUGAUGGUUGCAGUUCAGCAUCAUUGAGCCAUCAUGCGUGAGUGCUUGAUAUUACUAAUCCAGUCCCGUUCAUGCUUAGCCGUCUGCCUGUUGAUGCCAAGAAGAACUUGUCUCUCUAGAUCUGAUUUUGCUUCAUCUGUAAAUUGUGUAGGCAUGUAAAAAUUCAGGAUGUAAAACAGUGGUUCUGUUUCGUGGAAUUUGAGUUGUAUCAGUUAUGAUGACAUUACUUGCUUGUCCUUUUGUGCA